AUGAUUGCGGCCUUGCAAGACACCAUCCAGUGCCAGAGAGAGCAGCGCGUGAACUUGGGCAGGAUAAUUCUUCAGCUGCAACAGAGGCUCGACUACUAUGAAGAGAUUCAGAAGGCGGGGGGAAGGGAAGAACGAACUCGUGUAAUCCAGAGCACUCAGGAGGUGUUGCAAGACAGGGCCCACUCACUCGAAGCUGAAACGUUGUUUCUGAAAAGGGAGAACGAUCACGAGAAGAGGGAGAAACGGCAGGUGGAAGACAAGAUCCUCAAGAUCACAGAAGAAAAUCAGCAGCUGAAGGACAACGCGAAGGAAAUUGGACAGAGAAACGAUGCCCUAUCGGGAAUCCGACAGGAAAGACCCCAAGCUGAGGUUCAGCGCCUGCAGAAGGAAGUGGAAGACUUUACGAAGGAAAAGUGUGGACUCCAGUGUAAAGUUGAGGCGGCAAAACUCAAGAGGAACGAGCUAACAUGCCUUAUUGAGGAACGAAAUAGUCGCCUGGAGUCGCUGGAGAGGAAGACCAAUGUCCAGGGCGAACGGAACGACCAGCUGGAAGAUGAGGUUCGACAGCUGCGAGGAGCGAAGGAGAAACUGGUCUGCGACCUCAAGAACCUCGAUGAGAAAUAG